AUGAUCGCCGUCGGGGGGGCGGUGCUCACCCUCUACGCCGCGCGCGAUAUCUACUUCGCCCUCGACGAGCCCUCCUCCCUCAUCGCCCCAAUCGCCAUCGCCCUCUGCGUGAUUGCAAUCGUCGGCCCUCUACUGACUUGCGGCUACGGCUGCUUCUCUCGCCGCACGUACCUCGCAUCGACUCCGUACUCCUCUGGCGUAUACGCGAGGCGCAGCCCGUCGGGAAGCUCGACGGUGGAGGCUCUCAAGGCGGUGGAAGGAGACGACGAGAGCGGGAGGCUCUCGCCGAGGUCCCACUACCUCAAGGACCCAAGCAAUGACCCGGCGCUGCGGGGCGGCGGCGACGCGAUUACGCCGGGGGAGAGGAGAGGCUGCAGCAGCUGUGGUGGCUGCGCCAGAGAGGCCGUGUACGUGCUCUUCCUCGCAAUGUUACACCUCCUCACCAUUGGCGCCGUCGUGAUUGGCGUGGCGGCGCUUCUCACUGCCGGCACAGGAUAUGCCGUCUCGCUAUCGGGCCACGACGGCUGCGACGCCCUCGGCGACGCCUUUGACAGCCUCGAUGGACUCUCUGCAGUCGUGAACCCUUCACUGUCCGGUGCGUUUGGUGCGGCGGACGGCAACGGCACCCUCGCUGUCGUGCAACCUCUCUGUGAGGCGGUGGGGGCAGUGGAGGCUGGCGACGGGCUCGCGGAGUGCGCGUUGCUGGAUGCGGGCAUCGGCAUCGCCGCAUGGGUUCUCAGCCUCUGGCCCCUGCAGUGGGACGGCCUUGAUGACCUCGCUCACGAGAUCGGUGGCGCCUGCGCCACCCUGUCGACGUCGCUAGCCUCAUUCUCCUACUCGCGCUAUUUGAUGCUGGGGCGGGCGCACCGGCUCAAGCGGGAGCGGGCGGCGCGAGAGCAGGACGCGGCGGCCGUGUCGAUCCAAAAGCACGUGCGUGGGAGUCGGUCUGAGUUUUUCAUAAGUCUAUCAGACAAGUGA